AAGUGCGCCAUCUUAAUCAGACAGCGGGUGACAUUUAACUCUUGAAAAAUAUCCUGCCACCUGCCACUGUCAGAUUGUCAAUUUAGUUUUUCCAAUGAUUUAGUUUUUUGUCAGGAAAAACUGUUAAGUAUUUGCUAAUUGAAUGUGGUCAGUCUUCCGAUUUUGCUCUUAACCGAUACUGAACUUCGAAUAGUAGUUUUAUAAAGAAAAUUACGUCUAGAUCAUACAGUCACCAUUUUACGUGAUUGUGAGGUUAUUGAACAACGUGCAUUGUCUAUUAAGUCCCGUAGUUUAAAGUCGCUACUGCAUUAAAAUGAGUAAUAAGAAGCACCAAAGAGAGCCCACCGGCGCCGGCUUGUCUUCAGACUCAGAAGAUGAAAACCAAACUAAUGCAGAGUGCAGUCAUAUUAACAAAGCAGUAGAUUUAACCAGCGUAAAAAAAAUUGUUAACAAGCAUGGUUUUCUUGCUGAAUGCAGUGAAUGCAAAAGACUGCCCGUUGAUCCAGAAUUGGCCGAGCUCGAAAUGGAGUUGGAUUUAACACUCUGGCUCUGUCUAAAGUGUGGUCAUCAGGCCUGUGGGCGAGGUAAAUGCAAACAUGCCUUGCAACAUUAUAAUGUACCUCAUUCCGAUUCGCAUUCGUUAUGUGUAAACACCACAAUUUGGAGUAUUUGGUGCUACGACUGUGAUAAUGAUGUUAAUAUAUCUUGUAAAAGAAAGUUACUUGAUGCUGUGGAAUAUUUAAAAAAACAUGCUGAAUACCUCCGUAGUAAACAACAGGUUUACACAUCGAAGAUAUCCGAGGUAAUGUCCACUUUGCCAGUAAUAAACAGUAAUAAUGACACUGGAACGCUUCCAAAAAACCCAACCUUGUGUACACCUGGAUUGCCUAGACCUAGAGGUUUAAAAAAUUUAGGCAACACUUGCUUCUUUAACUCAGUUAUGCAGUGCCUUGGUCAGACCCCAUACUUAGUUACUUUGCUAGAUGACACUGCUAGUGCAGGACAGCUUUUUCAGUUGCCUGGAGGCACCCUGAAAAUGAAAGGAAAAGAUAAUGUUUUGCUACCUCCUUUAGAAGGGGAAACGGAGAAAUGGAGACCACUCCCUCAGACCCUUACCGAAACAUUGCGUGAAUUGCAAAGUGGUAGAUCAGAUGUUUUUAUUCCAAAAUCCCUUUUACAGAAAUUAAUAUUUAGAAUGCCACAAUUUGGAGGAGGAGAUCAGCAUGAUUCCCACGAAUUAUUAAGACAUUUAUUGGAGGCUGUUCGUGAAGAAGACCAACGGAGGUUUAAAGCAGUUAUCUUAGAGAAGUUAGGUGAGUUUUACGGUUUUAAUACGAAAACAAAUCCAUCAACUGUAGACGAUGAGAAGAAACACAUUUUAAAGUUCUACGGUCAACAGGUGUCCGAAAUGUUACUUGCGACAGAGCAAGUAUUUAGAGGGGCACUUGUAAGUACGUUGCAGUGCCAGGUAUGUGACCAUAUGUCGCACAUGGAGGAAAAGUUCUUAGAUUUAAGUUUGCCGAUAUCUGAAAAACAAAUAGCACCGGUAUUGAGAAGAAAGGCAGACGAUAGUGAGGAUAAUAAGCCAUCGAAACAUCAAAUCAAAAAGGAAAAAAGAGCGGAGAAAAAGAAGAAAAAACAGAAGUACAACCGAAAUAAUAAUCUGCUUAUUACCAAUAUGAAUGAUACAGAUGUAGCCAUGGAACAUAAAUCGAGUAGUGAAGAAUCCGAUGCCGAUGUUGAAGACAAUGCUGAGGAUAGUUGCAACAAUACUAUUAUUGCUUUGCCAGCGCCGGGAGAAGAUUCAUCAUCAAAGGGUGGCGAAUCCGGUUAUAAUUCUGAUAAGAUCGAUAAUGGCAGCCCUGAUUCGAACUGUAUUAAUUCACCUAGCGCUUGUAACUUAGCUGACAGUGGGGUGCCAAGUCCUACAACCGCCGCUCCGGCAAUACCAAACAGCCCUAAUAACAUGUCAGUAACAAGUGAAACAAAUACAGACAUGGCCCAAUUUACAUUUGCAAGUGAUAGUUCAGAAAACGAUUGCGACAAAAACAAAGAUACGUUUGAUCGCGCUGUGUCGAGACUGGCUUUUGUAGAAAACAACAAUAAAAAUAUAGAUCUCAAGGUGGAUUUAGAAAAGCUUAGUUUGCUGAAUGACGGCGAUUCCAGCAAAGUGAUUGCCCCAAUUGAACAGAGCCAGAUGUUGGAAGAAGGAGCAUGUGCAAUGGAAACCAGCAGUGAACUAAUGGAUCAAGAUGAGGAUUAUUCUGAGGAAAUAGCUUUAUAUGGGAGCACUUUAGCGCCUCGGUAUCAAUGUGAAGAGGGCGAAUGCUCAGUUGAGUCAUGUUUGAACCAAUUUACCGAAUGCGAAUUGAUGAUGGGAUCUAAUAAAGUUAGUUGCGACAUGUGCACGAAGCGUAGUGGGAACCAGAAAACGGUGAACACGGAUGCAUCCAAACAAUUGCUCAUAUACAAUCCUCCGGCUGUAUUAAUUUUACACCUUAAACGAUUCCAGGUUUUCCGGUUUAGAUCAACUAAAGUGUCAAAAUUCGUUAAGUUUUCUACUCUUCUAGACUUGGGCCCAUUUUGCUCAAAACGAUCUCAAAGCUUGCCGACCGUAGAUGCUGGACAGACAGAAGUUCUUUAUUCUCUUUACGGUGUUGUAGAACAUAGCGGUUCGAUACAUGGUGGGCACUACGUGUCGUACGUAAAAGUUAGAGCGCCCCUAGACGAAAACAGUCCGCGAUGGCAUUUCAUACCAAAAAAUCAAAAAGAAUUACUUAAGAAUAAUCAACAAGGCGUCACCGAAAAGCCCGAGCCUCCUGCAGGGAAAUGGUAUUAUAUUAGCGACUCUUACGUGUCUGAGGUAGCAGAAUCUAAGGUUUUAAGUGCACAAGCCUAUAUACUGUUUUAUGAAAGACUGUCGUAAUUGUAACUUGUGUUUGAUGGUGGUAUAUUUAUUUAGUUAUUAGAUAAUUUAAUUAAAACAAUACUAUGAUUCUUAAAUCGUGCUUAUUACAACUGAAAAUUCAUUUAAAAACAUGUACGUAAGUUUGAAUAUUCUUAAACUUUAUAACAGAAAGUUUUUAUAUUCUAUUCCUAUCUUAGGACUAAUAACAGCAGUUCUGAUGUGGCGUUAAAUUUUAUGGAGCAUAUGCAACAAUAAGGAAAGUCUGACAACCCGAGUUAUUUUAUUGGUAACUGUACCAUAUAUUGACAAAGCGUUGUCUAUCAGAAAUAAUGAUUUUCCAACGCGAGCAAACGUAUUCUGAUACCAGAAUAUUUUAGUUUAUUUUGAAAAUCAAGGACUGAUAGAAGUGGUAGAGUUAGACUCAGAAGAAAUAGUUUCUUUUUUACUCUCGUAUAAAGAUAAUUAGACGGGUAAACAUUAUUAGGUGCUUUUUGUCAUUAUAUUAGAAAUUUAUAAAUUAGUAGCACAUCUAUUAUGUAGUACUUCAAUGCUUUACAUUUAAAAUUCAAAACAUGUUCGGUUUAACUUUAUACGGCUAAACAAAAAUGUUUUCAACAUACUUUUUUCUGGUAACUUGUUAGAGCCCUGUACCUAGUAUAAUAAUUUUUACUCCAGAUUAGAUGUUUCUUAUUAAGGACUCAAGCAUAUGUCUAAAAUGACGAAAAACCGACAUUGUUAUAAAAGUUGUCUAUAUUUUUCGGUUUUGUAUAUUAUUAUCGUCCAUUCUUUUUAAAUAAUAUACUAAUUUUAAAUGCAA